AUGCUGGGCGAAAGGCCCGCGCCUGUGCCACCCACCAGGGAACUCUGGCCACCGCCUCACCAACCGAUGAGUAUCAGUACCCUGCACAUCGCCUACUUACAAGACGAACCGGAACUACGACGUGCUACUUCGUUACACGAACAGCCGUAUGUUUCAACGACAGUCGACCUCGACCGCGACUACAGACCAGGUCUCUGUACCAUCGGAACGAACACUGACCCACCCCCAACUAUAUUAGACAGACUAAGACUCCUUAUAAAACGACGUCAUAUCGAGCCAGUUGAAGAUUCUCCGCCCGGACGAUUGAAGAUCGUGCCUCGUGAUGAAGGGCUAGAAGUAAAGGAAGAGAUAAAUGCAGCUCAAAAAGCGUUAAACGGAAUUAAGAAAGCAAUAACGGGAGCAAAGUGCCGCAUUACACCAGGAUCAGGGGGUGUGGAUAGCCCUAAGAUCGUGUUUGAUACGUCGAAGCCGGGAGAUAGGAUGAUGACCACAUUCGGUGCAAGUUCACGGAAGAGAUGGUGUAAAAUGCCAUCGAAGAAUGAGUGUACCCGUCGUUUACGAGCGCUCGGAGGAUGCUGCGUGCGACCACAGCACCGCGCGGCGCGCCGCAUGCCACAGCUGCGCCUUCAGAUAACUCAGGUGAUCGCCUUAAUAUGCGGGUUGCUGGUGGUCGUGUUGAUGGUGUUGGGGCUCGCGUCGGCGGACUGGCUGAUGGCGGCCGGCUGGAGGCAGGGCCUAUUCAUGCACUGCAUAGACCCAGCUGCGCCCACGCCGCUGCCUUUCGACAUCAUCGCGCAGCCCGGUUGCUACGCUGCGCGACCCGCUCCAUACAUUAAGGCGGCGGCGGGGCUGUGCGUGGCGACGCUGGCGGCGGACGUGUGCGGUGCUCUGCUCACGGCACUCGGCCUGCGCUCCACCGACCACCGCACCAAGUUCCGCUACUAUCGGUUCGCGGUGCUCGCCAUGGCGCUGGCACUAAUGUGCAUCUUAAUAGCGCUGGUGAUCUACCCUGUGUGUUUUGCUGCGGAAUUAAAUUUCGGUAACAGAUCACUAUGGGAGUUUGGAUGGGCGUAUGGAGUGGGUUGGGGCGCCGCCAUCUUUCUUUUCGGCGCAGUGGUGUUGCUGCUCUGCGAUAAGGAGAGCGAGGAGCUCUACUAUAAGGAGCGGAAAAGGGUGAGUCCGGCUGCGUCGAGACUAAUGUAG